AAAUUCUUUGGCUGCAGACCAAAGCUUUUAGCAAUUUUUCUUUAAAAUAAUUUUUAACGUUAAAAAACAUGUCCAAGUGGUUCUGUUAUUCAAAAAAUAAUGCAAACACCCAAAGUUCUAAUUCGACAUCCACUUCCUCUGUUUCCUCCUCUCUUGCAUAUGAUUUAGAUAAUUUAAAUAUCACUCAAGAACGUCUAAAGCGUUAUGCUGAUGAGGCAAAUACUUUAUCUUCUGAAACUUCUGAUACAACGUUAACUGCCAAUACGGAAGAUGAUUUAAAGACUAAAACUAUCUUUUUACGAGAAAAGGCUAUAUCCAAAACACUCAAUAAAAUCAAACUUUCAAUGAAAGUUGAUCUUUGCUUCGUUUUAGACUGCACUGGAUCUAUGGAGUCCCAUAUUGCUGCUGCUAAAGAUUGUAUCUCACAUGUAUUAAACUAUAUUAUACGUACAAAUUCAAAUAUUAAGCUUCGGGUUGGUUUUUGUGGCUAUCGAGAUCAUAAUGAUAAAGGUGAUCGUCUGCAAUUUUUAGAUUUUACCGACAAAUAUGAGCAAUUUACAACAUAUAUGCAUAAAGUAAAAUCUGUUAGUUCAUCAAAUAAUGAUAGACCAGAGGAUGUUCUUGGAGGUCUUGAUGCAGCAAUAACUCAAAUGGAUUGGCAAAAUAGCACUCGUGUUCUUUUUCAUAUUGGUGAUUGUCCACCACAUGGUCGUCGUUUCACAACCUUAAGAGAUAACUAUCCAGAUGGUGAUCCAAAUGGCUUAACAGCAGAAAAUGUACUAGAAAAGAUGCAAUCAAAAAAUAUAUUUUACUUUUUUGGAAAAAUUACAGAUAAAACUGAUAAAAUGCUUGAAAUAUUCCGUGGUAUAAUUGGUGAAUUCCCUAUGUUUGAUCUUGUAGGAGGAGAUCCAAUUAAACUAAUUGAAAAAUUGAUUAAAGCAACUUCAUCAUCUAUUACUUAUGCUGUUUCAAGUACCAUUGGAAGCAACUCCAAAGAAAUAUAUUCUUUGAAACAAAAAAAACUUGAUAUGAAUCCAAAUGUACCCGAUUGGAACACUCUUUCUUUACAAAAAGGAGUAGUUAUGUGGUAUUUUAUUCCUAAAACUCUUGACGAACUUAAAAAUCCAACAUACUUUAACAAACCGAAACUCUUUUCUGAAAGUUUCUCCUUCAAGAUUGCCCAACAACCAUUUUCCGGAGGUGUUGAAAAAUGUGCAUAUUUUGCUCUUGAUAUCAAGCGUAAUAAAAUACCUUUCAUUCCUUGCAUAGCUAAACAACAAAUGAAAGAAAUGGUAAUAAAAGAAUACAUUCAUAUUGGGAAGAAUGAUCCGUUUGAAAAGUAUCUUGAGGCGGUAGAAGUCUCUACAGUUGCAUAUUUUCUCUCUGAAGAAUUUAAUCGACAUGCAAAAAGAAAAAAUAUUCCCAAAGUAAAUUUUCUCAAUGUAAAACUUUUACGUUGUGGUACUAUUGACCUUCGUACUCGGUAUUAUAUUAUUGAACCAAGACUUAAAGAUGCAGAGUAUAAACGAUUCAAUGCAAAUACUGGUGUAAUUACAGAACUUCGGCCUACUCUUGAAGCAUUUGUUCACUUCACAUAUGAAUACACUGAAGGAUAUUUAGUGGUUUGUGACCUUCAAGGAAUUGAACUUAAUAAUGAAUUCAUAUUAACUGAUCCAGCAAUACAUUGUAUUGAUUCUUUAAGAUUUGGAGGAACAAAUUUUGGUAAAGAUGGAAUUAGCGAAUUGUUCUUGGCAAAUCAUAGAUGUAACGAUAUUUGUAAAAAGUUAAAAUUAAGUCAUAUUGAUAACAGUGCAUUCAACUUAGUCCCAACAAGUGACAACAACUAAAUUUAAUGAAAUUCAAAUCACUACUACUCAAAUCUAAUCAUACAAUGAUAAAACAGAACAAGCCUAACAGAUCUACGUUGUUAAAUUUUCUAUAAAAUGUUUUUUAAUGCAAUUCAAAGUUAGAAUAUUUUACUAUUAAAUUAAAUUAAAUAUUAUGCCACUUCACAAUUAUGUGUAAAUCUGACCAAAAUUACUUUUAUCUGAUCAUUAGCUAUGAAUUUGGAUAAAAUUAUAUACAAAUUUGGCCAGAAUUAAGAAUAAUAAUUUAAACUAUAUAAAUCUAGCCAAUAAAACUGCAAGUUUAACGUAUCACGUGAUAU